GCGUCCACUUCCGGUUGGGCUGAGAGCUAGAGAGAUCGGGUGAGGAGCACAACUGGGGAAGAAGCAGGCCAGGCUGGAGUUAAAGCGAGCCGCGGUGCAGAGGAAUGGGAGACGUUUAAUCGGAGGAGAUGCAGCCAGUGUUAGCUGCCAACCUCCACAUUCCCUUCAAUCACAAGCAAGUGGGCCACUUCCUACCCUCCUGUUUGUUUUUAGACAAGUAAAACUUUUGAUUACAACCGGAGACGUGAGGCAAAGGUUCUCUGCAAACCAGGAGAGACAUCAGUGAGUCAUGGAGGACUGCAGUAGCCUCAUAGAGUUUGAUGUACCUGAGUUCAGCAACACCGUCCUGAACCAGCUCAAUGAGCUCCGUCUCCAGGGCAAGCUGUGUGACAUCAUUGUGCACAUUCAGGGCCAGCCAUUCCGAGCCCACAAGGCUGUCUUGGCCGCCAGUUCGCCAUACUUCCGAGAUCAUUCGGCACUAGGCACGAUGAGUGGCCUCUCCAUCUCUGUAAUCAAGAGCCCUGAGGUGUUUGAGCAGCUGCUCGCCUUCUGCUACACUGGCCACAUGUCAUUGCGCCUGCGUGACGUCAUCAGCUUCCUCACGGCUGCCAGCUUCCUUCAAAUGCAGGCUGUGAUUGACAAAUGCACACAGAUCCUUGAAGGUAUUCACACUAAGAUCAGCAUCCCUUUGCCUGGUGGGACCGAUCCAGAAAACGAUUGCACCACCUCAAGGGCUGGACGCAAUGGUUUGAAAGAUGGAGGAAUCUUUGUAAACCCCACCCAGAUUUCGCCACCUUACUAUUCUCAUCAGAAUCAUUGCGUGGAAGGGCGGAGCUCAAGUAAGGGAAUGGCAGAGGAGGGUCAGUCAGACCGAGGGAGCAGCGACAGCAUAUCUGAGCAGGAGGUGUCAAUGGAGGUUGAGUCCGAACAAGUAGACCUCAUCGGCAAGGAUGGACGGGUGACUGAUGUCCAUAUCAAGCUGGAGAAAGUGGAUCGGCCAAGCCACUCCGAUAGCUCGUCGGCAGGUGAUGACGGCUACCACACAGAGCUGGUGGAUGGUGAACAGGUGUUGGCUGUCAGCGUGGGAUCGUACGGGCCUCUGCUUUCCUCUGCUGGAUACACAUACUCAGCAUUACCUUCCUCCUGUUUCGUCAGCCUGAGUUCCUCAAGCCCUUCUCGUUCUUUGCUCAGCAGUGUCCGGGGUGGUCGUGGCCGUGGGAAACGUCUCGUGCCUCUUCCAGCCGAUCUGCUAACUCCGCUCAAGCAGACUGGUGCAGACGAAGGAGAUUCACCUGCGACGACGGCUACCUUGGAGAACGACACAAGGAAGCACAGUUUCCGUGAACAGUGGUACCCCUACAAUGAGCGCCUCAUCUGUAUGUACUGCAGCAGGUCCUUCAACCAAAAGGGCAGCCUGGACCGUCACAUGCGUCUGCACAUGGGCAUCACACCCUUCGUCUGCAAGUUCUGCGGCAAGAAGUACACCCGCAAAGACCAGCUGGAGUACCACAUCCGCGGCCACACGGACAACAAACCCUUCCACUGCCAGAUCUGCGGCAAAUGCUUUCCCUUCCAAGGCACACUCAACCAGCAUUUGCGUAAGAAGCACAUGACCUCUGGCACAGAAGUUAACAAUCACACUGACUUGCUUGGAGAGGCACCAGAUGACCAGAGAGGGGAGCAAGAGGAUACCGCCAAGGGAGAAGCAGCAUGCGGAGCCGCUUACCCCGAUGAUUUGUCAACAAAAACCCCCAGCGAAGAGAGUGGCAAGUGUAGUCCAGAAGAAACCCCUGCAUCCAAACUCCUGCGUUGAUAUUGAGAGAGAGAAAAAAAUACACUUAAGUUGUUUGUCCUCCUCCUCUAAUAAGGAAACAUGAAGGGUCACUCUUUUCAUGAUUUAAGCCCAGCUGUUUUUAAAGAAUGACAAGAAAUAACCUGCCUUGAGCAUUUUCUACUUUUGUGGAAGUUCUACACAGGACAAAGGUCGAGAUAAAGUUUUUAAGGAGUUUUUCAAAGGGAAGGAGUCCUAUAAUCGGUGAAUUAAAUAAUCGGGGUGGAGGUCACUGUAAUCAAGGCCUCUUAAGAGUUUUAUCACAUUUUUUUUUAUAUAUCUAUAUCUAUAUAUUUCCAUGUUUUUCAACAUAUUUACAGAGUAAUAUAGGCAUGUUGCAAUAAUGAAUAAUGUGAAAGCUCAGAUUAGAUGCUCGUCAAUAUCACGCUUUUACCUGACCUGUUUUUGCACAUUUGGCCUGUAAUAGGUCACUCACUCGAGGAAUGGUUUAUCUGCCAUUGCAAGGCUCUUUGUGACACAUCCAUUUAAUACCUCAUUUUACAACCUCAGCAUAAUCAUAAUGGACAGUAUUUGUAGCUUGUCGUCAACUCCAGCCAGGUUUUACCUCAUAGCAAAGAACCUGAACGGAGGGGAAGAAGCUUCUCUCAGUAAACUCCCAUUUGUUUUGCCUUCAUAGGGUUUGAAUGAAUGCUGCGAUGAAACCCCUGAACAAAACAUCUCCACUCUACAAAGGCUUGAUACUUCAGUCAAAUGUUCCUUAGUGAUUGUAUGCAUUUUACAUUAAUCUUGUUCAGUUCUUCUGAGAUAUAAGAGAAUAUUGUUAGUACAAGGUGUACCUGUGGAGUAUUUUCAGGAUCCAGGAUCUAACUGUUUUUUUUUUUUUUUUUUGCCAUAUUUUUCGUAGAAUCACCGUUUGUCAUUCUACAGUUUUUCUGUAACAUUAACCAUUUGGUUUCAGGUACAGUAUCAACAGUAUAAUCACUGAUUAGUGCUAGAGUAGCAGCACAGUAAACAAUAUUAUUCAGUUAAGGAAUGUGUGCCUUUAAAAUUAAAGUUAUAUUAAUAUAUUUGUAGAUGCGCUUCUAAAAGUGGUGCGGGAGUCAUGCAAGUUAUAAAAAUUGCCUUAGGGCCAUACCGCCUCGGAAAGAACGUCACAAACAAGUUCUUUGUGAAAUAUAAUUAAUGUACACACUCGAUCAGUGGUUCGAAUUUCAAGAAGCUCUUCUUGUGUUUAGCUUGCUCGAAAGCCAAAACGAAUAGUGUUUCAGUACAGAAAUGUUUAAUUGAAGAAGAUUCACUUACCGCUGGUAUGCUUAUGUUAAUGUUAUAUAGUAUGGAGGUGUAGUGUAGGGUUUCAAACAACCAUAGAUCAUUAAUAAGAUAAACCUGCAGUCUCAGUACAACUGUUCUGGGCACUUUUAUAUAUUUAGUAUUGUGAAAAGAGAGCCCUGGAUGCCUAUUAUCUCCACAAUAGCUCUUAACAUCCAUUUUCAUUGUUAUGUAACUGGUGCUAAACGUCAUACCUCAUUUUUUUUUUCUUAACCUGUGAUUGAAUAAGGCUCCUUGUUGUCUCACAUGCCAAUUGUAGAUACAUUUUAUUUCUUAUCACCACACUGUCUUAUUUGAUUCAUUCUAAAGAAUAAGAAGUGGCUACAUACAAUGCAAAACAAUUAAAAUGGCGUUUUGUUGUGAGCAAUACACUAGACUUAUAUUUUAUAGUCCCCACUACACUUGAGCAUCCGCCUGCCUGAUUUGAUUUAUGGCUCUUGGUGCUCAGACAGAUAAAAACAUGCCUCACUUUUACAAGAUUCAAGUUCUUUCAACUGUGCCUAACAUGCCAUUUGGAAAUUUACUUUAUCACACCCUCUAUAAGUUAACUUAAGAACCAUCAGCCAGGCGUAGUUGAUCGUUGAAAUAGUCUGAACCGCAACCAGAGUCACGCCUUGGACGAAACUCGUUUCUAAGUACGCCAAGUUAAAAUACAAAGUGACUUUAUUAUGUUCACAUUACAGUGCUGUUCUGUGUUCAUUUUCAGUUUGUUACUCUCUUUAGUGGUGUUUUCUCGUAACAUUUUUUUUUUUUUUUUUUUUUUUUAAACCUUCAUUUAUAUCACAGUCAGUUUUUUUUUUUUUUUUUUGUCAGAUUUCAGUUUGUACUUCAGGACUUCUGCCCAUUUUCUCACUUUCUUUAAAGUCAAUCAAUUUUAUUUAGCUCAAAUUGCUAAUUUUAGAAUGCUUAACUAUAUUCGUGCCAUUAAAAUCUACUCAUGUGUUUUAUAUUACUGGCAGAUGAAUGAGAAUUAACCUUUGAAUCAAUUCAUGGCAGUUUUAAGCAAUGAGCCAAUGUGAUAACUCUGUUAAAACCGUUAACACGAGCCGAAACCCUGAAUGCAGAACACCUUGUACUACUGACAGUGUGUUUGGUGUCAUUUUGUGGCAUGAGAUGCCUUGAAUGCUAUUUGAUACAUUGUAAGCCUGCUUUGUUCCCUGAACAUGUUAAGAUUUGCUCUGUUCCUUUAGUGUAAUGUUCCUGUUCAUCUUAGAUAAUGUGAACGUGACUUUGGCCACUAACCAAAGAGCAAACCAAAAAUUGUAAGGGGUUUGUGUGGUAUGUUGCACAGCAGAUUAAAGAGAGACCAAAACC